CCGUAUCUGAGGAUCCGUCGAAAUAGCGACAUAUGAAUCGGGACUUGGUUUUGUCGUCUUUGCUGAACUUCCGCGUCGCGUUCGUCUUAUCUGCCGUUCUGCGCAUAGGUCUAAUUCUGUACAGCGAAUGGCAUGAUGCCCGCUCCGUUGUGAAAUACACCGACAUCGACUAUCGCGUCUUCAGCGAUGCAACACGGUUCACGCUCAACCCAGGACCGGGAAAUCAUGCGCAGGGAUUCCUCGGACAAUGGAUCAACAUCGGAGACCCGUACACACGGCAGACGUACCGCUACACCCCUCUACUCGCGCUUUUGCUGUCUCCGAACGAGUGGCUCCACGGAUCCUUCGGCAAGUAUCUCUUUGCGGGAUGUGACAUCCUGGCGGGCGUGUUGAUACACCGACUCUUGGUGUCCGUCAUCCUGUCGCGUUCCGUGCCUCCAUCGGCUAGUCCUUCUUCACCCUCUACUUCUUCAGAUAGAGCCAAGUUAUCUCUCUCCACCCAAAACUCAGAUCACCCUGAUAACCGCAAACGGAUUUCCAUUUCACCGGAACCCGCGCCUGAGGCGGCGAUUGAGGAGGCGAUUGCCAGAUACGCGACACUCCUUACGUCUCUUCACCUUUUCAGUCCGUUUGUUUUCAGUAUAUCAACACGCGGCUCCUCGGAGUCGGUGCUUUUGUUCUUUGUGCUUCUUACUUUGUUCUGUGCGCUGCGAGGGAGAUGGAAUACCGCUGCGGUUCUUUUGGGCCUCAGCACACAUUGGAAAAUUUAUCCAGUCAUCUAUGGCGUGGCGUGUGUCGGCGUGAUUGGGAGGGAACAGGAACAGCGUUCCGACUCUCCAACCCGGAGGAAGGGCGUGCACGACAGGAUGACUAGAAUCAAGCGAUAUGUCAAGAUUUUCGUGAACGUACAGACUAUCAGGUUUGCCACGAUCAGUGCGGGUACAUUCUUUGCGCUAGGCCUCGUGAUGUACGCCAUAUGGGGCUAUCCCUUCCUUUAUGAAACCUACCUCUACCACCUCCAUCGGCUCGACCACCGACACAACUUCUCUCCGUACUUCUAUCUGAUCUACCUAGCCUACCCAAAUCCAUCCUCGGAACCUUACCAGCUGUCUUUGUGGCGCAGCCUGCUGCGAUCGCCGUUGACGAGUUUUGUACCACAGAUGAUCCUUUCCUUGGGCACCGGUGUGAUGUUUGGACGGAAGCGGGAGCACUUGGUCUUCGCGUGGUUCGUACAAACGGUGGUUUUUGUCAUUUUCAAUAAAGUUUGCACCUCUCAGUACUUCCUCUGGUAUCUCCUAUUCUUGCCGCUACUUGUGCCGAGCCUUGCCAUCUCGUGGCACCGGGCCUUGCUGUAUCUGGCGAUCUGGAUGGGCACGCAGGUGCUGUGGCUCAGUCAGGCGUACAAGCUAGAGUUCCUGGGAGAUAAUGUGUUCUACCACUUAUGGAUCUGCAGUAUGAUUUACGUGGUUGGACAUAGUUGGGUCUUGGGCGGCAUCAUGGACAGAUAUGGUAGAAAACAAGGCAUCAGAAUUUGA